CAAAGCGGAAGUAGCCCCGGAAGUAGGACUGUGAAUGUCACACGCUAGCAUGGUUAGCAUCAUGCUAGUGUUUGCAGUCAACAUGUCUAGUCGCUCUUUGUUCGGCUUUGCUUCAUUAACCACACACAAUGUCCUACUAACGCUGCGUAGGAGUAACCCUCUAAACAAACUACAAGCCUGCGGAUAUGCGAAGAAAGUUGCGGCCAAAGGCAAAGGAAAAGGUUCGGUGAAGGAAGAGCUGAAGGGACCCGAAGUCUGCAAGGACCCAGUGCGACUGACCACUUACGCAGUGGGGGCCAACAUCUACAAGCAAGGAGAAGACCCCAAACUGAAGCCUCCUGAAGAGUACCCAGAGUGGCUCUUCCACAUCAACCUGGGACCUGCAUGCCAGCUUAACCAGCUGCAGGAAGACACCUGGGAGUACUGGAAGCGCCUCCGCAAGGAAACCAUUUGGCGCAACAACAGAUUGAGGAAAGGGAAGAAGUUUUAGCGUCACUGGCCUGGUCUGGACUGGCCAGGACUGUGCUGGACUGGUGUAUCAUCUUGCUGAAUGAAGCAAAGUGUGAAAUGUGGCUGACUUUGAUGCAGUAAGUGUAUUUGUUGAAAAGGAGCCAUGAUUCAUUAAAGAUUGUUUUUAUCGACCA